UACAAUAUGGAGUUUUCAAAUGAUUUCAGUUAUUAAAGAACAAAUCUAUCCAUACUAACCUGGGUCUAUGUAAAAACAGUAGUUGCUCCCUAAAGCUAGUUACUGGUUGUGCCACCUUUGUUGCCAGCAAAAUGUUUCACAGUGGGGAUGGUGUGUUUGUGGUGAUGUGCAGCGUUUGGUGUCGGCCAAACAUAACAUCUUGUCUGAUGACCAGAAAGGAAAUAUCUCUGAUUACAAUUGGAAACUAAGGUUGGCAACAUGAACUUUAAUUAAGCCCAGAUAAAAACAAAGCAUAUUAACAGUUAACAACCAGUAGCAUAAAGUGUAGGUUGUAUUCGGUACAUUUUUAGUUAAUGUUGUAACACCAUUGCUAAAACCCUUCUUGCUGCAACUGUCACCACCAUGACAGGCACAAAGAUGAGUUAUGGGUUUGGUUGAUGGUGAAGGAUGAGGCAAGGCAUGAACCAGAUCUGAUCAAGAAGUGCAGUUCUGUGGCAUUUCUACCCAUUUCUUAAUUUUGUGGUUGACGGUGAGAUUAGAAGCUCUAUAAGUAUCCAGUGAUUUCAUGGUGAAGGCAAUAGGUGCUACCUGGCUUAAGAAGGCUAAGAAGACAGAUCAUUCUGCAUCAGUUUUCAAAUUUGCAUCAUCGCAUCAUCUCCAUCAUGAAGUUGUUGGCUGUGUUUCUCCUCGUUUUCUCCAUGAUGGCUAAGAGCAGUGCUAGCUCCAAGGAUACCUCUGCUCAUGAAGAACAAGUUGACUUGUUCCAGAGAUCUGUUCCUUGUACUGCUGGCUGGACUCUGAUCAACGGUCGCUGCUUUCAAUAUGUUAAAAAAGGCAUGACUUGGGCUGCAGCUGAGAGAAACUGUCUGUCCAUGGGGGCAAACCUUGCAUCAGUUCAGAACGCGAACGAGUACCGUGAGAUGCAGAAAAUGAUCGCUGCAUCAAGUUUGGAAUCCAAAGCAGCAUGGAUUGGAGGCAAUUCACAGGAGGAGAGCAUUUGGUUGUGGAGCGAUGGAAGCCGUUUCGACUACAAAAGCUGGUGUUCUGGAGAGCCUAAUAAUGAUGGCGGCAACCAGCGCUGUAUACAGAUAAACUAUACAGCUGCAAAGUGCUGGGAUGACGUGAACUGUGCUUUUCAGCUGCAUUCUGUCUGCGCCAAGAAACCCUGAGAAAUGUGAGGUUCCCAAAGAGGCCUGAUGUGUAAAACAGAACCAGUGGAGGAUCAGUGCUAGGUGUUUCUGUUUUCCUGCCUUUUUAACCUUCAGAAAACCCAAAGAUAUUUCUGCUUCUUUACUUCAUAUAAUUUCUCUCUUUAAUGCAACCUAAGGAAUGAAGCGACAAGCAAACAGCAGCUGGAUUGUCUCUCUGUAAUAAGAUCAGACUGAAUGAGUUAUAAGAAAGAAUCAUCUAUGCAAAACUUUCUUCUAUUCUUUGGCAAAGCAAAAAUAAAACUUUUACAGUUUA